UGUCGAUCAUGUGUAUUUUGUAUUCGUACAGUACACUAAACAUCCCUGUGUUUUUAGCGUCAGUUGAGUGUUUGUUUGACGUUAAUUCAAUUUUGACGGCUGCAAGCGUCGCAAAGAAUAAAUUCAUUUUCUGUUGUCUCUUUAAACAAAAAUUCUUCGAAAUAUAGUGUGAAAAUCGACGAGAAAGUGAAUAUCAUUAAAAAUUGUUUUUGGAAAAUAGCGCGCCAUGGAUUUCCAAUUCGUAUUGCCUACCGCCAAUGCAGAGCUGCUAGACUCGAGCGGCGACAGCUACUAUGUGAAACAAGUAUAUGCGCCAAAUGAAAUUGGCGAACGUUUACGUUUAUGUAAACAGAUGGUGCAGCAAGGUGAUCCUUUCUACAUCUUCGAUCACUUUGACACAUACUUUACCAUAGUUGAAGGACGUGGUUGUGAUCCCGCAACAGUUACCAAUCUUAUGCGCGCCUUUGAUUUACUGUACAUCACCGUAGACAAACUAGGACAGCGGCUGGCUCCAAUAUUAUCCUGUAGUGACACAGCGCAAAGCUUAGAAGACCGCCAAAAAUAUCUAAAUUUGACCAAAAUGACACUAUAUUUACAAAUUAAUAUAGUGCGGCGUAUUGAUAGUGUUGCUACACAGGCGCAGCAACAACAAGUACAGAAUCAACAAAAGAAACGUUCGAAACAAACUGAAACACUAGAGCAAUAUCCUGAUUGGGAUUCAAAACGCGGUCGUUUUCUCGUACAACUUUAUAAUAUUCUACAAUUUCCUUUGGAAAAACUUUGGAACCCACCUGUAGCUGAGGAAAAUUUUGUAAAUUUAAUUUGUGACAUUUGCUAUCGCACACUCGAAUUGAUGCAACCACGCACAGACAAUCGACAUAUUACAGAUACGGUUUUUCAAAUUUUCGGCACUGCCAUAAAACGCUACAAUCAUGCGCUCACUUUUCCUGUGCGCGUAUUACAAAUAUUGCGUACAACCGAACACGCUGCCAUCUCAAUUGCAAGCGGUAUUAAUGUCUUACAGGAAGAGUACGGUAUAACUAGUGUUUUCUCAGUGCUCAUUAAGGAUAUUGUAGAAACGCUAACCGUCGAUUCGGCUGAUACGGUGGUAUCACGAAACUUUUCAAACUUCCUAAUGGAACUAGCUACCAUAGCACCGAAACUGAUGAUACCACAUCUGUCUACAUUGUGUGAUGAGUUGUUGAAUUGCGAAUCGCAUACACUACGAAAUUGCAUUUUGCAAAUUAUGGGCGAUGCAAUUGUCGGUGAACUAACCUCGGAAGAGCUCUCAGAGGAAUUGAAGGAGGCGCGUAAUGAAUUUCUGGAAAAUUUGUUAGCGCACAUCAAUGAUGUGUCGGCGCAUGUGCGUGCAAAAGUUUUACAAAUUUGGAAUAAUAUGAAAGAAGAAAACGCGGUGCCGUUGUCUUUUCAAUUGAAAGUGUUAUGUGAAGCCGUGGAUCGUUUGGAGGAUAAGACUUCCUCGGUGCGAAAACAUGCUGUGCAGUUGAUAAAAUCAUUUUUAGAACGCAAUCCUUUCGCAGCGAAAUUAACGCUAGAAGAACUUAUUAAGAAGCACGCUGAGGAGUGUGAGAAAAUGGAGAAAUUAAGUGAAGUGCUGGCGGAGGAGCGUAAAAAAGCCGAAGAAUUGGAUGAAGAAUGGAAUUUAUUAAUACCGGAAAUAUUACCAAUUGUUGAAACGCAUCUGAAAGAAUGCACAGAAGACUUGCCGGAGAGUACGCAAGAAAACUAUGAAGAUAUGAUACAACGCAUAUCUACUUUGCUGCUGGAGAAGAAAUAUAGCGAGGCCGUUAUUUUAUUGCGUAAAGCCGAUCAUGUUGCCGGCAAUGCGGAAUUGCGUCACACGCUAAAACUGGAGGAACAAUGUGCCUACUAUAUGGCUCUGCUGAAAUCGUACAUCUUUCUGGCUAACGGUUGCAAAGACAGCAACGAAGAAUUGGGCACACAAAUAAAGACCGUACAAUUUUUACAAGACUCCAUUGACUUCUCCAAAGUCAUAACGAAAGCUGUACCAAAAAUACAAGAGCUAUUGUUGUCCAAAACGAAUACUGAUGUAUUUGAAGCGGUUGAUCUCUUUACCACCGGUUAUUUGUUUGGCAUUAAAGGCACUGAAGGUGGCAUGCGACAGAUGUUGUAUCUGGUGUGGUCAUCGGAUAAGGAGAAACGCGAUGCAGUUUCUAAUGCUUACAAAAAAGUGCUGUUCACUACCGAUCAAACGGGCAGAACACACGCCAUUAAAGUGGUGCAGAAUCUUAUGCGCUUUCUUGAGGAGCUCGAAUAUGGUCACUACACAGCCAUGGAGUGUUUGAUGCGCGAAUGGGUGUCCACCGAUGAUAUUGAUGCGGCCAUCAUUCAAGUGCUAUUCGAACGUUUUACGUUGAAAUUGGAGGGCACCUCCGACAAUGAAUCGCGUUUGGCUCUGCAACUGCUCAUAAUGGCAUCACAUGCCAAAGCAUCCAUAGCAUCGGCAAACAUCAAUGUAAUUGAAACGAUUGGUUUGGGUGAACGUGCCAAACACGAUCCACGCAUUUACACUGGUUGUAUGGAAUUCAUGCUGAACUCCAUCGAUUCUAGUGCACAUUCGAAAUUCUACAAACGUUAUGAGCCCGAUGCGGCGCUUGUGCAAAAAGUGAUCGAUUUCUUUCAACGAUUUUUCUUUCAUCCCGGCGUACCGGAUUUCGAUAGGCUAGCCAUGCGCACAUUGGAGUUUUUCUAUCAACUCUGUCAGACGCCGGAUGUGAUUUGUCAGAAAAUUAUUGUUGGUUUAUUGAAGAAAUUUCGUGAUUUUGCAAUCUGCAUCACGGACAUUACACCUUCACAACAGGCACAAGCGCUUGAAACGCCCUUUUCGCAGGCCAUACCGGAGAGUCAACCACCGCUGACACAGACACAGACUGCUGCACCGGCGCAGCAAAAACGUAUGCCAGUAUUUUUACUAACGCGUUUCCUCUUCACCAUCGGCUAUAUGACAAUGAAAGAGAUGAUUUUCCUCGAUAUCGAUGUGUAUAACAACAUGAAAUUCCGGCAAGAAUUGACCGAAUGUGAAGAGAAGAAAAAGAAGAAUGCAUUCAAUACGAACAGACGUAAAACGGGCAAUUUGAAUAUGUCAGCGACCGAGUCGUUGAAGCGUUUGUCGGGUACAGCUGCUGAGCCACAACAAGAGCCCGAUGAGGAUCUGGUUGGUGCCACCGCUGAGGACAAUAUAGCCGAGCUUAUUAACCACAUCUGCGAGAAUGUGCUGUUGUAUACCGAUAAUUCACUGAUCGCUAAAAUCUUUCCCUACGUCAUGGAGAUAUGUAAAUAUCCCGCGAAGUAUCGCGAUCAAUCACUACAGCAAGCGGCCACCCUGACGCUCAUACGCUUCAUGUGCGUAUCCUCAACAUUCUGCGAAUCGAAUAUGGCCUUCCUCAUGAACAUCUUGAACCACACAAAAAAUAUUAAAAUCAAAUGUAACAUUGUAAUUGGUUUAUCAGAUUUGACUUUCCGUUUUCCCAAUAUAAUCGAACCCUGGACGGGUCACUUCUACUCGACGCUGCAUGAAAGUAACACGGAGCUACGGCUGACGGCGGUGAAAAUGCUCUCACAUCUCAUUUUGCACGAAAUGAUACGCGUGAAGGGACAGAUUGCCGAUUUGGCGAUGUGCAUUGUGGACGCCGAUGCGGAAAUCAAGAAUAUUACACAACAGUUCUUCAAGGAGAUCGCCAACAAAUCGAAUAUCUUAUACAAUGUCUUGCCGGAUAUCAUAUCGAAGCUGAGCGAUACGAGUUUGAAUUUGGAAGAGGAGAAAUAUCGCACGAUUAUGCGUUACAUUUUGGGGCUGAUACAAAAGGAUCGGCAGGUCGAAACUUUGGUGGAGAAGCUGUGCUUGCGUUUCCCAGUGACACGUGAGGAACGUCAAUGGCGCGACAUUGCGUACUGUCUGAGUUUGCUGUCCUAUAACGAACGCGCUGUCAAAAAACUGAUCGAUAACGUACAACAUUUCAAGGAUAAAGUGCAAAUCGACGAAGUCUAUCAGUCCUUCAAGUUGAUCAUAAGUAAUACCUCAAAACUGGCUAAACCCGAACUGAAGGCCGUCGUUACCGAGUUAGAAACGCGUAUCAAUGAAUGCUUGGAAGUAAACGACGGAAGGGAGCGUGAAGACAAAGAAGGUGGUGGUGGUGGCGACUCGAGUGCUGGUCGUGGCGAGACGCGCGCCAAAAGCAAGAGGGAUAAGAAGGCCGGUGGCAGCAAACAACGUGCCGGCAGUAGCCGACGUGGUAAACGUGACAAAUCUUCGAGCAGCGCAUCAACAAGCAGCAGUGAAGAUGAAGCGCCUAAAAAACAAAAACAACAGCAACGUGGACGCGCUGCCAACAAAGUCUCCUCAUCGUCAGAUGGAGAAGAGAGUUCACAAACGACGCGUGCUGGCCGUAAGGCUGUACCCACGGCAACAGCGGCCCGUGAUAAAAGCAGAAGAGCGGCGAAUGUGGUCACAAAUAAGUCGCGUGCGAAUGUACGCAGCAAAGUGAUCGAAGAGUCCGCUAGCUCAGAUGAUGAGGAACAACAGCAUCCGCAACGCAAACGUGGGCGUGCCAAUCGAAAGUGAAUGACAGCCAAAACCCAAUAAAUAACUAGUAAUAUAACUUAUGAAAUCUAGUUUAAAAAAAAUUGCAGCAAAUCAGUUGCUAACUCAAAUAUUAUUAGUAUUAGAACAACAAUAUAUAUACAUAAAUAAUUUAGCUUCAA